AUGUACAAGGAACCCGAUACUGUAAUUGUCUUAAUAGGAGCACCUAUGCCUAUGAUCACAGUAGAAGUCGGAUAUACCGAGUCAUGGCCCAAGUUCCUGCGAGACGAGGACCUGUGGAUCAAUGGGGAAGCACCGCAUGUAAAUGCGGUGCUCCUGGUUAAAUGGAAUCUAACAAAGAAUAACCUGGUUGCUAGUUUUCUCGAACUGCGUCGUCGCGGUGCUCCCUCUCCUUCCCAUCUAACAAUAUUUCCAGCCCUGCCUCCUGGAGCCUCCGCCCAAACACUCGCCUGGCAGCGCCGGGAUUUUUACCCAGUGGGUCAGGUCCACCUGGAAAUCCGAUUGAAAUAUGCCUAUGGGAUCUCUGGAUACUCUUCGAGACGGAGCACAUCGCAUUCUGGCUGA